AUGAUGCAUAAUGAGCCAUCAACACAAACACUUCCACCACCAUUACCGUUACCAUACGAACAAGACGCCAAAUCCAAUGGUUUCGCUGACUUUCCCAAUCACCACCACCAUCAUCAUCAUCAACCCAUAGAUUUAAACGAUCCUCAACAACAAUAUUCGAAUUUUGUUCAACACAAUCCUUACCAUCAUCCAACACCUGAUGAACAAUUCUAUUCAACAACGCGAAACUCCUUCCCCACAUAUCCAUAUCCGUAUUCCUUACCCUAUCCUUCAUUAACACUCGAUACAGAAGAAAAGUGUCAUUACGAUGAACGUGAUAUUCCACCGAAGUUAACCAUCAAAGGUAAAAAGAUUCGUAAGCCAAGAACGAUCUAUUCCAGUAUGCAAUUGCAAGUGCUUAAUAAACGAUUUCAACGUACACAAUAUCUUGCUUUACCUGAACGCGCCGAACUCGCUGCGUCACUUGGUUUAACACAAACACAAGUGAAAAUUUGGUUUCAGAAUAAGCGAAGUAAACAAAAGAAAAUCGUAAAACACUAA